GCCACACCAGUUAUGGUGUUCCUGAUCACCGCCAUGCCAAUGCAAGAUACCAAAGGUUCAGAUAAAAACCAUGAUAUACUUACCUGCCCCAAACCAGGGGUGGACUGACAACUCAUGGGGCCCCCGGGCAAUAGGGGAUCAUGGGGCCCCUGUGUCCUUGCCCAAACUCAAAAAAGCCUAUGAAAAAGGUACCAGGAGCAUCUCAUGGGGCCCCCUACUGAUCCCGGGCCCUCGGGCAGUGCCCGAGUUUCCAAAUGGUCAGUCUGCUCCU